AUGGCGCAGGCUAUUCUUGGACAACUGAAGACGGCCAUACAGCCCAAUCGCAAGUUGUAUCGUUGCAAUUGGUGCCUGCACGACGCGAAAACAAAGCUAGAUCGUCACCAGAUGACAUGCCCCCGAUGCCCUGUCGGGAUAGAUGGGAGGGCAGAGUACAUCAAAGAAAACAAGAAGAUCCUAAAGGACAACUACACCGCAUUCGAGGCCAACAAAGCUGUCCCUGAAGGAUGCUAUUCAGCGGACAGGAUGUACAUCGCAUCCGAGGUGUACGGCAUCCUUGAGGACUGGGGGCAUGAUAUAAUCCCCACAGAGUUUGGUGUAUGGACGCACCCGGUGGAGCCUGCUUGUCGCUUGGUGAAACGGCGCUUUCCGCAAGUCGAGCGGGAACAACAGCCAGGAAAACAGCAGCGUCUGCCGCUGUCAAAGUCGUUGUUCACUAGAUCUCCACCAGCGCCUAAGGCUCAAAGGUCACCAUUUAAGUUAUCUCCACCAAAGAAGGCAGUGCAGGCUGGCGGCGGCAAACAGAAAGCGGCCACGGUCAGUCGGGCCCCGGAGAGCGACGAGGAGGACGCCCGCACCAAGAAGCGCCCGCUGUCGUCCCCGGAAAGCGAUCUUGAUGCCGAGGUUAUACCGCCGUCUGGAAGCAAAUCAAGACGGCGGGUAAUCUUUUCUUCAAGUGAUUCUGAGGAUGAGCCGGACUCCGGAAUUUCUCCUAUCGGUGACGCCGCUACAGAUGUCGCUACCUGCCAGCCUUCGACUUCCGCAAACGGUGGAGGCACUCGCGUCCUGUCAGCAAACGGGCGACUGCCGACCGCAGACCUCAGGAGAAGAUUGAAGGAAAAUGGCUUCUACGAUGUUCCCCAGCCGUUUAUUGACCAGCCUAUAUUUAGGAACUUCCGCUCGCACCAACGGAAAGCGCAUACGUCCGAAGCAGCGAUUAACAACAGCCUGGCCGACGUGACGAGGAUGACGUGGAAAAUGAUGGGGCUACAGGGCAUCACAGCGCAAGAUUUCAAAACGACUUACCUGUCGUUGGCCGGUUACGAGAAGCUUCUUGCAUGGUUUGACAAAAUGGAUGUAAAUAUCAAAACCGUGUUAAAUUACACGAAGAACUUCAUGCAAUUCAUGAAGUACGUGAACAUUGACAUGGACCUACUGUUGGUAAGUAACGAUCAACGUGAGUUUAACAGGCUUUCUUGUCUUCAAAUCCAUAUUUCUAACUCGCGUUCUGGUCUAGAUUCAGGUGUGUUUGAACUCCACAAAAGACAGAUGAACUCGAAGCCGAUGCCACCUGCACCAGCCGAAGUGAAGAGAGUCCUAACGGUUGCCAAAGACGACUUCGAUAGAGCGAUGGAUGAACUGAGAAAGAAGAAGGACGACUCCGGACCGAUUCUAACCAAGACAAGGGUAGCCUUCAUAAACCGAUAUAUCACGGCCUAUCUGUGUCUGGGCCAGGGUAUACGUGUCGGCGCAGCCGAAAAUAUGCAUGGCAGCGAGUUUCAGGCGGCGUAUAAUGGCGAGCGGACAUUGUCUGACCUUGGCAACCCACACAUUGUAGUUCAUGUGGCCAAUCAUAAGACGAACGUCACGCAGGACUGCCGCAUUGCCCUUAAUUCCUACUGGACUGAUUUUUUUUAUUUAUAUUUCAGGUACGUGCGCACCAUCAUCUUCCAUCUGAAGAAUGCGACACACCCGUAUUUCUUCACGCAGAGCGACGGGCGCCAUUUCAAGAAGGUCAGCGACGGGAUCGAGAAGCUACAGAAGCAGUAUAGGGUUGCCAAAAUCACCUCAUCAACGGCUCGGUGCGCGUGGGAGACGUGGGUUGAAUCAAGGCCUGAAGCCCAGAGGAAGUUAGUCGCCGACUACCUGUGCCAUUCGGCGGAGGUAGCAAGAAGCCACUACAAGCACGGGUUUGCGAAAACGUCGAUUGACGCUCUGGCUGCUUUGGAGGCGAUCGAGGAGGAUCCGGGCGUGGACGGCAAAGGCAACCGCGUGUCAGUAACCGUGGACGCAGCGGUUGCCCAUAGCGUACCUCGAUCGGUGGCGACAACAUCAGUCGAUGUGACGCCUGCCGCUGAGCAGGAGGUACCACCGUCCACGGCCACUCCACCGAAAGCCGUCUUGCCGAAAUCACCGAAGACGCCGAAGGACAUCAAGGUGGAGCGCAUCAUGGACCAACUGAAGGAGAAAGUGGCCGGGGAUAUCGCCGACGUGACCAUUCCCACCCCUACCCAAUUGAUAGACAUGGAGAAGGCUGCUGGACGUAAGAUGAGCACAGACGAUGCGGCAACCAUACAGCGCUCCCUCCGGACCAUGCGGGACAACGCUCUGGCGGACAACAUGGCCAUUCGUCUUUUGAAGAACGAGAAGAAAAGACAGAAUGUGCCGUACAAGGACCUGCUUGCACCUACGUUGACGGCCGCAGACUUAACGAGGAACAAGUGUGGCGUCAAAAUCAAGGAGAGCGUACUGUUGUCCAAGUUUCGGUCCAUGCAAAAGACCUACCAGAGCUCGUCCCUGAAUCCGGAUAGCGAUGAUAUGAGGGCCCUCAUCAAAGGACAGAGCUGGCCUUACGUUUGUCUACGCAGCAGUGCCAACAAAGGGAGAGGUGUCUUCGCCAACUCGUCAAUCCCCAAAGGACAGGUGGUGUGCGAUUACCACGGCCAGACGAUUUCGUCGGAGGAGGGAGAGCAACGAAUGAGGAGCACGGACCCCCAGGCCACCAACUACAUGCUGUUUUUAAAGGAAGGUAAGAUAUGUAUUGAUGCAUCUAAUCAAUGUAGUUGUCAUUCCAGGGCGGAAUUCAUGAAGACUUACGGGCGGCAAAUGAACCAUUCGGCCAAGAUGUGGAACGUGAAGCCGAAGGCCGUUGACUUAGACGGUACAACCGUGGUCCUGCUGACUGCGAUUCGCGACAUAAAAGCAGGCAAGGAGCUCCUCUUCGACUAUGGGGUCCGAAGAGGAGAAGAUGGGGAAGAUAUAGGUUGGCUGAAAAAGUAA